AUGGCAUCAGAACCAACGAGUUUACCCUCAGAAGUAUUGUUCUAUGGUCCCUUUAGGAGGAGCACAUGGACAGAUAGUAAAGAAUGUGUGGAGGGUAUAAAAAAUGCUUUGGAAACAAAUGCCAGUGCAGAAAGUUAUUUUAACCAAGUUAAUAAGGCAGUAUGUUAUGUGUCCUCAAUGUAUGAGCACCAGAAGAAUACAUAUUCCAAUAAGGAACCUUGCCAUUUUCUAUACUACUGGAUAGGAGACGUAUUAUUCAGUAUUCUUGAGGAGAACAAUAUCAAGACUCUUCUACAAACUAUUUGCAGAAGUAUACAGGAAAAAUGUUGGAAUGGAAAUUUUGAAAUUCCCUGUAAUCCUAUUGGAAAAGAAUUCUUCGACCAUAUGAAAAUAACAUAUGACUUCCUUUAUGACUACAGUAAUAUAAAGGAAUAUCUACAGCACUAUAAUACUAACCAUAAUAUGAACUUCACCAAUUACCUCGAGAAAGUUAAAGAAGCAAAGAAUUAUAUGAGCGGAGGGUGUAAUAAUCAGAGUGGAUACUGUAAUAAUUUCUGGAAUCCACGUAAGGCAGACAUUGAACAGAAACUAUCAAACUUAGAAUCCGAAAUAAACUCUGCACAGGAUGUAAAAUCGCGUGCAGAAGCAGCAAAACAAUCCACACAACUCAAGCUAGACGAAGCGAUUCUUCAAGCAAAUAAAGCUUCUUCUCUUUCUUCUGCUUUUGGUACCUUAGCAGCAUUAGAAUUACCAGCUGCCCUAUUCCUUCUAUAUAAGACCCUAUCACCUAACAACCCACCUACCACCAUUAUCACCUAA